ACCAGUGCACUUUCUUGCCGGGGUGACCUGCCAGCCCUUCAUGCACAAACAUGACACCGCAAUUGGGUUGCUUGGAUGCACCAGUCGCAGAGGAGCCUGAGAACCGACACAGUCCGGCUCUACCUGGUGUACCUGGCCUACUUCAGGAACCACCCCCUCUUCUGCUGGAUGAUUCGACUCCGGAGGGCGUCGAGGUUCACAACGUGUGGGGGAAGGAGAGCGGCGAGAAGAGCUUUCAGGAGCUGGUUGGGCAAUUGGAGACUCUGCAAAGCCAGCUGGUCGAGGCACACGAGCGAGAGCUGCAAGAGGCGUACGAGGCCUCAUGCCACCGAAGCAAGGAGCCGGACACGUCUUCACGGGGCAGCAUCUCCCCGGGGCUGCGGCUGGCACCGCUGGUGACGCGGCUUCUGAGCCACCGAAGAGGCGCCUCCCGGGCCUCCGAGCCUUGCAUUCCCACCAUCGGCGAAGUGCACGCACACGACAUGGGGCUGCCCACGAAGAUGCGGAAGCGCCGGAGCCCAUCCGCGGCGCUGAGCCGCGUGGAGCUGGUGAUGCGUGCAGCCAGGUCCUUUGAGGAGCAAAUCCGCAAGGAGACGGACCUGGAGGAGGUGGACAAGUUUUCCAUCCGCCCGAUGUUCGACCUCAGCGACAACGAGUUGGUGGAGCUGAAGCGGCGGUGCAUCACGAAGCCCAGCUCUGAGCUGCCGCUGCACGAAGACGAGCGCCACGGCACCAAGAGCUCGGUGGAGCUCGCCGCUGCGGAGGACAACGCCUGGAAAUGCAAGAACAUGUUCCCGGUGCAUCCGUCCUCCAGUGCCAGGAUUUUGUGGGACUUCUGUGCCAUGCUCUUCCUCGCCUACGACCUAGUGACGAUUCCGAUGCAGGUCUUUGACGUGCCGAAGAGCACUCUGCUGAGCACCCUGGCGAUGCUUUGCUCUAUCUAUUGGACGCUCGAUAUUGUGGCAUGUAUGUCUACGGCGAUCUACAUCAACGGCAAGCUGGUCAGAGAUCGCUCCAUGAUUCUUCAGCAGUAUGCGCGCACCUGGAUGUCCUUCGACAUCUUCCUGGUGCUCACAGACUGGAUCACCACGGCCAUCGGCAACAGCGCGGCGGAGUCACUUAGCCUGGCCCGGACUUUGAGGAGCGGGCGCGUGGUGCGGAUGCUGCGCUUCGCGCGGCUCUUCCGCGUGAUCAAGCUGAAGCGCCUGGUGGACGAUGUGCGGCACAGGGCGAGCACGGAGUUUGCGAUUUUCGUCAUCAACGUCACUCAGCUCUUCGUAUCCACAGCUUUACUGACCCAUGUCCUUGCCUGCUUGUGGUACAUGCUGGGCAGCACCAGCGACGAGGGCUGGGUGUACACGGAGGGCCUGGCCGGCACUGACUUAGGAACCACCUAUGUCAUGAGCAUGCAAUGGUCGCUCUCGAGGCUGCAUCCGAUCUCCCUCCGGGACAACAUGAAGCUGAAGCUGCCGGAGGAGCGGAUGUUCUCUUUGCUGGCGAGCUUCGGCUCGCUGCUCUUCUCCUCCCUCUUCAUCAGUUAUGUCACCAACACCAUGGCAAGGCUGGCGCGGAUGUGGAAGGAGCGGAGCCUGAAGCUGACAGCUAUCGGUGAAUAUGCCGUGAAUCACCGCAUCAAGACGGCCUUGACGGUGAGGCUGAAGAAGUAUGUGGAACGAGAAGAGGAACGGAAGAGAUUCACCGCGAACCUGGAGGUUUUGCAGACGGCGCUGCCUGCGGAGCUCCUACGUAUCUUGUUUAGCGCUGCAAGGAGCCCAACUUUGAUGCAUCACGGCUUCUUCAUGCAGAUGAAGCGGCAGCACCCGCACGUCAUCGUGGACAUUUGCGUUGAUGCUGUUUCGGAGAUGCACCUCCUGGCCGGGGACACUGUCUUUGAGCCGGGACGGCAGGGCUUCCGCAUGUACUUGUGCGACGCGGGGAAGCUGGCCUACUCCAUGGACAACGACAUGGUGCACGAAGCAGGUACUCUUCACCUGCAUGCGGAGAAGCGGGGAUGUUGCCCACGGUCGCAGGUGACCCCAACAGACUUCCCGGGCAAGGACAUGGUUGAGCUGCCGGUGGGCUGCUUCCUCAGCGAGGCCGCGUUGUGGACUUCCAGUUGGCUACAUGCCGGGCACCUCUCGGCAGUCACAGACUCCCAGGUCUUCGCCAUCAAGGCGGAGGAGUUUGGGCGCUGCAUCCAGCGGGACUCCACGGUGCUCUGUGACGUCGUCAUCUAUGCCCGCUACUUCGUGCAGGAAAUGAAUACCAACUUGGUGAACUCGGAUCUACCGUCCGACCACAUCAAGCGGGAGGGCUCCAAAGACCUGAACCAGGCUCAGAAGUUCUUCAAGAUGCAUCCGGCGCCCUCGAAUUUGUCGUGAGGGCGCGUUGCAACGCACAAGGUGACCAACAAGCUACCGGAGAAUCGCCGGCUGUGUCCCCAAGUGCUCCAUUUGGCAUGGGAAAUUCACUGCACCGCCUCCCAUUAAUUCUGCGACUGCAUCGGCCAAGUCUUUGCCUCAGCCAAUAAAAGACCGGCCAAGCAAGCGCCAA